GGUAUAUUUACCAGGCUGUUUCUGAGUGUGGAUUGUAACCUUUGGUAAGAAAAUGUCGUCCAUCUUGCCAUUCACUCCGCCAGUGGUGAAAAGACUUCUGGGAUGGAAAAAAUCAGCCAGUGGGUCUGGAGGAGCAGGUGGCGGGGAACAGAACGGACAGGAAGAAAAGUGGUGUGAGAAAGCCGUGAAAAGUCUGGUGAAGAAGCUAAAGAAAACGGGACGAUUAGAUGAGCUUGAGAAAGCCAUCACCACUCAGAACUGCAAUACCAAGUGUGUCACCAUCCCCAGCACUUGCUCUGAAAUUUGGGGACUGAGUACACCAAAUACGGUAGAUCAGUGGGAUACAACAGGCCUUUACAGCUUCUCUGAACAAACCAGGUCUCUUGAUGGCCGUCUUCAGGUUUCGCAUCGGAAAGGGUUGCCACAUGUUAUAUAUUGCCGGUUAUGGCGCUGGCCGGACCUUCACAGUCAUCAUGAGCUCAAGGCAAUUGAAAACUGCGAAUAUGCUUUUAAUCUGAAAAAAGAUGAAGUGUGCGUAAAUCCUUACCACUACCAGAGAGUUGAGACACCAGUUUUGCCUCCAGUAUUAGUGCCUCGGCACACAGAGAUCCUAACAGAACUGCCGCCUCUGGAUGAUUAUACCCACUCCAUUCCAGAAAACACUAAUUUCCCAGCAGGAAUUGAGCCACAGAGUAAUUACAUCCCAGAAACGCCACCACCUGGAUAUAUCAGUGAAGAUGGAGAAACAAGUGAUCAACAGUUGAACCAAAGUAUGGACACAGGCUCCCCAGCUGAGCUGUCUCCUACCACUCUCUCUCCUGUCAAUCACAGCUUGGAUUUGCAGCCUGUUACCUACUCGGAGCCAGCCUUUUGGUGUUCGAUAGCAUAUUAUGAGCUGAACCAGAGGGUUGGAGAGACCUUCCAUGCCUCACAGCCCUCGCUUACUGUGGACGGCUUUACAGACCCAUCGAACUCGGAGAGGUUCUGCUUGGGUUUGCUCUCCAACGUUAACCGAAAUGCUACUGUAGAAAUGACAAGAAGGCAUAUAGGAAGGGGAGUGCGCUUGUAUUACAUAGGUGGGGAAGUUUUUGCCGAGUGCCUAAGUGAUAGUGCAAUCUUUGUGCAGAGCCCCAACUGUAACCAGAGAUACGGCUGGCACCCUGCAACAGUGUGUAAAAUUCCUCCAGGCUGUAACCUCAAGAUCUUCAACAACCAAGAAUUUGCAGCUCUUCUGGCUCAGUCCGUCAAUCAGGGUUUUGAAGCCGUUUAUCAGCUAACUCGAAUGUGCACCAUAAGAAUGAGUUUUGUGAAGGGGUGGGGAGCGGAGUACCGGAGGCAGACAGUAACAAGUACUCCUUGCUGGAUUGAACUUCAUCUGAAUGGCCCUCUGCAGUGGUUGGACAAAGUAUUAACUCAGAUGGGAUCCCCUUCAGUGCGAUGCUCGAGCAUGUCAUAAAACCCAUCACCAGUCGAGUUCAUCGAGAGACUUCGUGUAACAACCUCUCUGUCAUAGUAUUUGUGUAUGAUCCCGUGGACUGUUUGCUAUCCAAAAAUUCCAGAGUGAAAACAGCACUUGAGGUCUCAUCAGUUAAAGCACCUUGUGGAAUCUGUUUCCUAUAUUUGAAUAUUAGAUGGGAAAAUUAGUGUCUAGAAAUGCCCUCCCCAAAAGGGGAAAAAAAGACUUAAAGACUUAGUGAUGUCUUGUUGGGCGUAAGACAGUGUCCCAAAGGUUAUUAAUAACAGUAGUAGUUAUGUGUACAGGUAAUGUAUCAAGACCCAGUAUUGCAGUACUAUGCUGUUUGUAUACAUUUUUAGUUUGCAUAACUGAGGUGUGUGUGCUGCUUCUUGGUCUAGGCAAGCCUUUAUAAAGUUACAGUACCUAAUCUGUUAUUCCCACUCUCCGUUAUUUUUGUGUCUUUUUUAAUAUAUAAUAUAUAUAUAUAUUAAGAUUUUCAAAUUAUCGUUUAGAAGCAGAUUUUCCUUGUAGAAACUAAUUUUUCUGCCUUUUACCAAAAAUAAACAAACUUGGGGGAAGAAAAGUGGAUUAGCUUGGAAAUCCUUGACCUUUAUGUGUCCAAUGGAUCUUAGCAAUCAUUCUUUAUGUGUGCAUUUACUUCCUGCUGAAUUUCAUUAGAAGGAAACCUUACUGGAAGCUUCCGGGCUCUUCAUCCCAUUUCUCUUCCAAUAGAAAACAGUACAGCAUGAUGUCAUUGUGGUAAAUAGUUGCACUGAUGGCUGCUGGGGUAGUUAAUCCUGAGUCCAGUGAAGGUUUGUUGGGAGUAAGCCUCUUGUCUUAGAAUCAGACUCCCAGAUGAUAAUGGACUUGUAUAACCUGUUGGUCUGUUGAUUAACUUUUGUCUCAGAACAUGCACAGGUCACAGUAUAAUUAUUUUCAGGGCUACUCUAGGAUCAUCUCAGUAUGUGUUUCCUUCUUCCAAAGCCAGUCUAAUAAUAAAGGAUCUUUCUGUAAAGGCAGCUGACCUUCUGCCUCAUUUCGCUUAACUACCAGAUUGUAUUACAAAAUGGACCUUUGGCAAAUGUACUUGUUUCUGCAAAUACAUAAGCAUGACACUGAGGUGUGGUCAGUAGAUGGGGCCGUCUGCUUUCAAAGUGCGCUAUACGUGAUUCAUAAAUGGGAUGUUAAAUUAACUAACUUCAGAAUUUUAAAGGUUGGGAACUAAGCCGUUAUCAAGAUUUUUAGCCUGUUUUACCUGCAGUCUGAGUUCUUGACUAAUCCUGGGUGUGUGGGUCAUGGACCUUUCUGCUCUGCAGUAAGGGGAUUCCAGCUGUUCUGGUAGUCCUCCGCUUUGCAGCACACAACAGUCAUGUUCAGUCUUGACUCUCGUCUCGUUUGCAGCUCCAUACAAAUGGAGAAUACUUCCUGAUCUCCUUUUUGUAAAUUUUCAUAUUUUUGCAGAUAAAUACCUUUGGUACUUACUCUUUGAAACCAUACUCAUAUGUAUGUACAGAUAAUCAUUUUCGAUGCUUUUCAACAUUUGUUGUUUUCUAUUUGAUAUUUCCCAUUUUCUUAUAUUUGUGUGCGUAUGUAUGUGUUUGUGUAAAUUUGGUAUAGUAAUUUUUUAUUCAAAUAUUUAUUGUUCACCUGUUGAUGUGCCAUGAACUUUCUUAACUUUUGGGUGAAGGUGAACAAGAUAGCUCUAGUUCCUGCCUUUGCUGAGAUAGCAGUUGACUUAACCCAUGCUCAAGUGUCUGUAGGAGGUAAACAAGGUACUGUUUAGAGUAUGACAGACAGCAUGCUUCUGGUAGGACAACAGGAAGACAUCUGGGAAAGCAAUGCUUGAACUAACACCUAACCUAAAAGGGGUGAGCCAUGUGAAGAGCUGAGGGAAAUCAGCAUUGCGGCCACAGCUUCAGCCCCAAAGGCCCAGCUCAUAAUUACAUACAUACCUGCACACACCCAACUGUAAAAAUGAGAGUGGCUCUUCAGUUUGUAAUUUGUUGAAGGUAGCACUGCUUUGUGAUAGGCUGCUUGUCAUCUCACUGUGUUCAUUCCUCAGAUCUUCGUUCCUAACAACCGUCUCUCACGUAAAGAUUCACCAGAAUGGAGAGCUGCUGUUUGCUUCUGGACCUGUUGCUGCACACUUAUCACUGCUUCUGCCGCCCAUCUUGGGAGAGAGGAAAUGGCCUGGGCAUCAUUGCUGCUGAGCCUGCUGGAGAAAAUCGUUGUAAACUGCCCCUCAUUGGAAGUUUUCACAGAUUGAAAAAGCUUGUGCUGUUGGGACAGUUCGGGGCCACGGGCAACUUUGGAAGUGGUAGAAGGUUAUCAGGCAGGCUAAAGUAAUGCUAGCAGUGGGACACAUCUCCAUGGUUUGGGUUCAGGUGUAGGUUUUCUAUACAGUAUGAGAUGGGAUUUUCCCUUGAGACAUACCUGUAUCAUGGAGCAUGGGCUGUCACAGUGUGAAGUAUUCAGUGGUCAUGUUUGCUUUCCAGUGAAAUGCUGUGGGCUUGCAUUACACUUUGUCUAACAUGGCCUAGUUUUUGUUGAUUUCCCCUACUCUGAUAAGGCUGGUUUUUGUUCCAGGUGAUACCCAGGGCCUCCUCUUGGCUGAUUUGUCCUGAUUUAAGUUAUCUGCAUUAUUUAGCAUCUCUGAUCAAUGGUAAUUUGAAAACUUUUUUCACCAGGUUAGAAAAUUCAACUAGAUUAAGCCAGUCUUUGGAAUACCACUGAAUUGGGCUCUGAUUUAAAGACGCUUUCCUGCUAGAGUCUGAGCCAUACUGGUUAACACUGACGGCAUCGUGGUAUAUAUACAUUUAGUCAGUCAGCAUAGUUUUCUGAUGCCUGUUGUUUUCCCAGCCACUGUGAUUCUGUGACAAUGUCCUGGCCCUUGAAUUGGGCUUAGUCCUGUGGGAAUUACCGAUGCUUUCAGGGCCUGUCACUUUGCCAAAAGGAAUCUGCAUGUGUUUUCUUUUCUUUUCUUUUCUUUUCUUUUUUUUUUUUUUUGGUUUUUUGAGACAGGGUUUGGUUUCUCUGUGGCUUUUGAGGCAUGUGUUUUCUUAAGAAUUAAAUCCUUUAAUUCUAUAUUUGCAGAUUGUUUAAUAUCUAGGACUUUUUUUUUACCUUAAACAAUAUGUAAUUUAGUUAGUAGUAUAGUUCAUUUGUUUUUUAAGCUGUCAGAUUUCCCCUUCAUUUCUUUAACUUGACAUUGGUUGUGCCUUGGUUUAUCCAGACCAAGACUCCAGGUGGAAGCAGUUGUGUUAGUAGGCUUUGUCAGUCGAAAUCAAAGAAAGCAAAUGCCCUUUUGGUUUCUCUACCUCUUCCAAGAGCUGCCCGAGUGUAUCUCUGAAACAUUUUUUGUCAAAGAUUGUUAAGUACUAGGAACAGUUAGGAGUUCUUUUUUGCUAUAGGGUAGCUAGGCUGGUAGUGGGUUAUAAAGUAUCAUGAGACAAUCUAAGCUGGCUCUUCCCGUUUGCCCUGUUUGUUCCCUCUGUGCAACUUUCUCAAGUGUAUCUUCAUAGGAUAAGCCAGGGACCCUUUUCUUACUGUGGCUUAAGGCCUUGAUGACCUAAUACAUCCCACUCCUUAUUAGUCUCCUUGCUUGUGUGUCACACUUUGCUCCCUAAGGCUUCCGUGCUUCAUGCCCUCCUGUGAGCUGUAGUUUUCUGUGUUCAUCAGUGUUUAUCCCUUAGGACUGUGUACUUCUUUGCAGUUAGGCUAGGAUUCCUUGGGCUGCUGUUUUAAUUGUACAAGUGGCUCUGGAAUUUAAUAUAUUUUAGAUGGUAACAGCAUCUUCAUCCCUGUUUGGGGGCAUUCUGAAUUGUCAGUUUUAGUACAAUCAGGUGAUGGUAUGUGGUCUUCAGAGAGACAGAUACCUGCUGUUAGUUCCUUUUCUCUUUUCAAGUUUCCUUGACUGUUAGAUUUGUUCAGAUUACCUUUUAUCUGAAGGAGAUAGAGGACAGAUUAUUUCUUGGGGUGUAAUUUGUGUAUUUCAAAACUUGGAGUCAUAAAAUACUGAGUUAAUCUCAUGAAUGCUUUUGUGAUAAGACCUGGUUUCAUGUCUGUGUGACUUCCUGGGCAGUACAGCCAGCUUUUGUAUAUGAGAGCUGCCUCAACAUUUCAGUUGUAUUUAGAAAGUAUACACACAUACACUCUCAGAAAAACUAGCAGUGGGGUCCUCUUAACAGUGAUGACUGAUUAUGUUGUUUAAAUCUCAGAUCUCAGUAAAAACAGUCCUCAUUUGCUUGUAGACCUUAUCCUAUGUGACACAAUCAGUAUAUUUAAAUGAAGUCUACCACAGUCCUGAUUUGAUGGUUCAGCUGGAAUGCUGAUGUUUAGGCCCUGCGGUAAAAAUCAUGGGAAAUUCAUUACCCCCAGUAAAGCUUUCCUAUUCCUCUUCCCUAACCUGUCCACCCAGUGCUGAGGGGUAACUUGAAUAGAACGGCAGAUUAUAUUCUUCAUUUGUUCUCCACCCCCAUGAGAUGCUGCUUCAGAGACUGGGCAGUACCACCACGAAGUCAAGCUCCCUGUACCUAAUGCUCACCUCAAUGAAGGUGCUUCAGGCCUGACUGUCUUGGCUGUGGUCAAUAGACGUGAUUUUCUAAGGCUUUGGGGGCCUCUGUUUGCUAUUACCUCAGUGUUCCUUGGCUUGCUUCUGUUAGUCUUAGCGUGGACCCCAAGUUUCACAAGUGCUAGAGAUGUAGGAUCCUUAGGAAGAAGUGUGGUGGUGGUGAGACGGGCUCAUUAACUCUGUACAUGGGACUAUGGCAUUUUUAUUUUGGUUGUUUUGUUUUUGAGAAAAAAUGACAUUCUUCUGCCUUCUCAAGAAAAAACUUUUCAAAAUUUCUGGUUCACUGUUUUUGAGUGGAAGGUAAGAAUUUGCUUUCUGCCAGACAGUGGUGGCGCACACCUUUAAUCCCAGCACUCAGGAGGCAGAGACAGGUGGAUCUCUUGUGAGUUUGAGGCCAGCCUGGUCUACAAGGCAAGUUCCAGGACAAACAGGGCUACACAGAGAAACCUUGUUUUGAAGAACAAAGAUUUUGUUCUCCAUUUCUGACUUAAAAUAAUCAUUGAAUAAUAAAUUCCACAACAUAGUGAUUUAAAAACAACUGCAAAGCUUUAGAAUUAACGGAAAGCACACUGAUUAUUCCACUUUCCAACCAGCUGUUACCCUUCCAGCUGGGACUUUAGGGUUCUUGGCUGGUUGCAUUGUUAGUCACUAGCUGCUCCAUUAAUAAAAGUAUUAAGUUGUCCCUUUGCAGUUGUUUCAUAGGGUUGGCUUUGGGAGUGUCUCCUGUGGGACAAAGGCUUACAAAAGUCUUCUUCCUGGGGGAAGUCCCUAAGAAAAUGUCUCUUUGACACUCUCAGUGUUGACACCCAUGGACUGACCUGACUGAGAAGAAAUUGGCUGCAAAGGGACAGUGCUUGGUUGGUGCACAUCUGUCCUCACCUCACCUCAGGAGUAUAGGCGGAUAUUGGCUUAUAGAGGAAGUUUACAGAGAUUAGUUUAAAUCAGGAGAAUAGUUAUAUGUAACAUUUAGGUAACAUGCAUGAAUUUUAAUUUAAAAGUAACCAAUUUUUGGAAGACACCAGAUUCAACCUGUCAAUUUGCCCACAUGUAUACACAUACAUAGCCAACCUUUUUCUUGACAGAAUGCAAAGCUCAGAUUGGGCACAAGUUUGACCAGCUUUACCUCAGACUCCACUUAAGCUUUUCUUGACCUUAAUGCUUUAAGGCAUUAAUAUUUGGCUUUUUAAAUCGAUGGCAGUGAUCUGUAAAACUCCGUACUUUGUAGUCUGCUAAACCAAGAGAACCCACAGGGACUGGAACUGCAACAUUGCAGGAAGCCAAAUCAAAAAGCUUUGGAGAAGUGCUGUUACUCCCUGCCCCCAAGGCCGACCUUCCUGAGAGCACAGUACACAGCAGUGUGACUCUAGAUCUUUCCUAGUACCUUCAGCUGACUGCCUUCAUACAUGAAACAAGAAUGUGGGAGUAGCUGGCAUUGAAGGUUUUCACAUUUUAAAAGGAUGUAAAAAAGAUACAAGAAACUGGAGUAUUCCUUUAGCUCAGAAAAUCUCAACAUAUGGUAAGAUACCAUGUAACUGGGCGGAGCAGGAGACACUUAGGAAGUCUUGUCUGCAAAUGGGUUUCAAGAGUGAAGUCUGGUGCACCACCACUAAUCCUUAACUAACCUUUCAGUGCUUCUGGGCUUCUAGCAGUGUAGCCAGUUUGGAGGAAGUAGACUUUAGCAAGACAACUGAAAGCCUGAUGUUGCUAAUGCACUUAGAAAUUCUUUUCUCUAGGCAUGUUAAGGAAGGUGACCAGCCCUGCUGUGCCUGGGACAAGUGUCCCAGGUGUGCAACACUCAGUGCUAGACCAAAGUAAGUCCCAGGGGUCCUGGGAAGAAUUGUCCACCUAAGGUGUCCUCAGGAUUUAUUCUCAUAUUAAUGUUGUUAUAACUGAUACUGCAGUGAGUUGCCUCAUGGUUGUCGGCGUUUCCAGGAUUGACCUGUGUGCCCCUCUAAUCGCUUACUACUGUGAAUGCAACCUAAGAUUUACAAUAAAUAACAAAAGUAGCAAAUAGAGUUGAUUGGAAAAAAAGAAGUGGAAAAAAGGAAAUUGGAAGGCAGUAACUAGAUAGAUAUGGAUCUGUGUAGGUGUGAGUACAUUUUGUGUCCUUACGAGGUGAAGUUUAAAUGUUUUGUAACAUGGAAACAAUGUGGUGAUAGAUUUUCUUUUUCAUAGGGGAAAACAUGGUCUUCGAUGCUUUGGUUUAUUUCCCAGUCUGUCCUGCUCAAGAAGCCAGAAUGUGAUACUGUGUUUUUGGUGAAUGUUGUCUUAAAAUUACUUAAUGUGUCAGCCAAAAGCAGGUGAAGGAAUCAGUGCCCUGAUAGAGUUGGAGCCGUUUGCUCUCAAGUCUUAUGUCCUCCUACUCUCAAGGUGCUUACCAGCUAGACUGAGUGUGGGAGCCCAGGGUUUCUAAGACGCCAUGGAUUCCGAAAUGUAGUAUGGCAGACAUGAACCCUAUUGCUGUUCUCUGGUAGUCCUUAGUGACCGAACUCUGCACACUGUGAUGAUGGAGGUGUUAAGUGUGUUAUUUGUGAACCUACUCUUCACGAAUGUCAAGACAAUGACUUGGGUUUUUUUUAUUAUUGUUGUUGUUCUUUUGGUUUUUUGGUUUUUUUUUAAUUAAACAGUGAGCUGAGGCUUUAUUAUAGGUGGUUUCAAGUAAAAAUUGUGAAAUACUUAUUUCCCGUCCACACCAAAUACUUAGUCUAUUUAAUGUAUUAAAGAAAUAGUUCUGCUUAAGAAAAUGUUGCUUAAAUGUUCUGUGAUUUCUGGUCAAUUUUUAUACCGAUCUGUGUGCAUCUCUGUGCAUCUCUGUGUGUUCUCUUUCUACCUUUGCUCUACUGUGUACUGUUGCCAUUGGAAAGUGGUCGAUUUUCCUAGCAUUAAAAAGAAUAUUUGAGUUAUUUUCCAUGUCA